AUGAUGAAUAUAGUCACUUAUAUGUACUACAUGGUGUAUAUAACCACUAUGUUGUUUAUUUUUAAAGAUAAGUUUAUCAUCAUGAAGAGGAAUAUGAAGGAGAGAAAUUUUUUCACAAGAAGUUUUUACAACAAUAAAUUAUCCAUAAUAUUUUAUGAAGAUGAUUAUGAUUUUUUUCGUUUAUUAUUUUUAAAUUUUCUUAUAAAAAUACAAUAUUUAAAUAAGCAUGUAGAUUUAGGAGAUGUAAAAGAAUCUUUUGAAAAGAUAAUGCUUAGUAUGAACAUAAAUGGUGAGAAUAAAAUGUAUAUGAAAUUAUAUGAAGAAAUAAAAAAAAUCGGAGAAGAUAAAAUAUAUAAAGAAUUAUAUGAAGAUAAUAAUAUAAAUAAUGAGAUUGAAAAGAGGGUAAGAAACAAUAAGAACAGAAUAACUUUAUUAUCUCUUCUUCCAUUUGAUUAUGAAUUAAAAACAUUAAAUUUUAAAGAGAGUUAUAAAAAGAUACAAUUAUUGUUCGAUAUUUUAUAUGUAUCUAUAAUAAUAAGUUACCAUACAUUAUUUAAUAGUAAAGAAAGAAAAGAUAUGUUAAUAUUAAUGUAUGAGAAUACGAUAAACCAGUGGAUGAGUUUAAAUUAUUUAAGAAAGAUAAUGAAAUAUGAAUUAUCUUUAAAUAAUGAUGGUAUAUUAAUGUAUAUAUCUUUAGAUAAGAUAAAGGAAAGAACAAAAGGAAAAGAUAUAAAUAUAAAAUUGAAGAAUAAAAAGGAUGAGGUAAGACAACUACACAAAGGUAUACAAAUUAUUAGUGAUGACAAAAAAAUUAUUAGUGAUGAUAAAAAAAUUAUUAGUGAUGAUAUAAUAAAAAAUAUAGAAAAUAGAUUUAGAAAUAUCAUACAUGAGCAUAUACAAUAUUUAUAUCCAAAUAUUAUAGGUAAAGAAAAUAUAUCUUUUUUGUUGAACAAAAUGAUGAAUAUAUAUAUUCCAGCAGUACGUAUAAUAGGAUAUGCUACAUUUAAUAAAGAUAAAUUAUAUACCAUAGAUGAAAAUAAAAAGAUAAAUAAUCAGUUUACAGAAGAAUAUUUUAAUAUGAACAAGGACAAAGUUAUCAUUCAGAUGAUGAUAGGUAAUAAUAUUGAAGGAAAUAUGGAGAGUAGAGGACAAAAUGUUGAUAAUGAAAAUAAAACAGAAUAUUAUAAUAACAUAAGUGAUGUAAGUAAUAAUUACAAUAAGUCCAAAUAUAAAGAUAACUUUAUAAACCAAAAUAAUAACACACAUGGUAUAGAAGAUUUUCAUUUUACUAUUGAAUAUAUAUACAACAUUUUUAUGAAUCAUAUAUUUUAUAAUGAUGAUUCUUUUAUUGAUAACUACAAAUAUAACUCCUUGAUUACAUCAAAAUAUAUAUUUGGUGAUAAGCAAGAGAACAAAACAAGAGAAGAAAAGAAAUAUGAAGAUUUAUCUUUACAUAUAUUUUUAAGAAUAAAGAAGAAAUUGAAAUUUACUUAUAGUUAUUUACAAAAAUAUUUUUUAAAAAAUUUUGUAUAUAUUAGUUCAUUAUAUGAUAUCCAUUUUUAUGGUGGAUGUUUAAAAUAUCAAGAUGGUGAUAUGAUAAAAAUCGUUGGACAAUUUGGAGAGGGUAUAGAUAUUAAAUUAAUAAAUAAUGUAUUAAUUAAAAUGAAUAUACGUGAAAUAAUUAUACAUAUUAAAUUGUCAACAAAAAAAAGAAAAAAUAAUCAACAAAUUAAAUCAUAUACAUAUAUAACCAUUAAACAAAUAAAAACAGAAAUAAAUAAUUCAAAUAUAUUUCAUGUUAUAUAUACAUUAGUUGAUAGUAUUAAAUUAUUACCAAGAAAUAUAAACUGUAAAACAUGUAGAAAUUUUAAAUAUCAUUAUAUUAUUCUUCUCAUUAUAGCAAUUAUACCUUCAUUAAUUAUUUUUUUUAUUUUUUAUAUUAUAUAUUAUUGGAGACAUAACAAUUGUAUUAACUCAAAAAAAAAAAAAAAAAAAAUUAAAUGUACAAAUAAUAUCUCACAAACGUAUCCAUCUUUCUUUCAUUUCAAAACACAUUCUAAUCGUUACAUCAAGUUAUCAGAAAAAAAAAAAAAAAUAAUAAAAAAAAAUAUUAAAAAUAAUAAAAAGGUAAAAUAUAAUAAAAAAAUAAAAAAUCAUAAAAGAAUAAUAAAAUAA